GCGGAGCCGGGCCGCGCGUAGUACUGAAGGCUGAGCGGACUGCUGGAGAGCGGGCUUGCUGCUGGGGUCCGGGGUGGCAGUCGCCAUGAGCACGGUGGACCUUGCCCGCGUGGGCGCGUGUGUCCUGAAGCACGCGGUGACCGGGGAGGUGAGGCUGGACGGGCUCAGGGUGGAGCAGGCGUGCGUGGUGGCCGGCCUGCGGCGCUUUGGCUGCAUGGUGUGUCGCUGGAUCGCCCGGGACCUCAGCAGCCUGAAGGGGCUCCUGGACCAGCACGGCGUGCGCCUGGUGGGCGUGGGGCCCGAGGCCCUGGGCCUGCAGGAGUUCCUGGACGGUGGCUACUUCGCGGGAGAGCUCUACCUGGAUGAGAGCAAGCAGUUUUACAAGGAGCUGGGCUUCAAGCGGUACAACAACUUGAGCGUCCUGCCGGCCUCCCUGGGGAAGCCUGUUUGUGACGUGGCCGCCAAGGCCAAGGCUGUCGGCAUCCAGGGCAAUCUCUCCGGGGACCUGCUGCAGAGCGGAGGGCUGCUGGUGGUCGCCAGAGGUGGAGACAAAGUGCUGCUACACUUCGUCCAGAAGUCUCCAGGUGACUACGCCCCCCAGGAGAGCAUCUUGCAGGCCCUGGGCAUCUCUGCGCAGGUCUGUACCAGUGAGCCGCCCAAGGGUGACGAGGCGUGCUCAAGGUGAAGGCCCCGGGCCUCCAAGGAUGUGAGCGGCGUCUCCUGCCCUGGGCACACUGGGAGCUGGAUGUGAACAAAUUCCGGAAUCUCUGGGCUGGGGCUCAACUCUGCCUGGUCUGCAGGCAGCGAUGAGCAUUAAAC